CACUACACAGAGGGGGCGGGGCCAGACUGAGCGCCGCUCUGGAGCGCUCACUGCUCCGGAACAUGGCAGCUAGGUGAGCGGAGGAGACAGCGGCCGGAGACAUGGAUUCCCAGUCUCUGGACAGUUGCAUUCAGAAGACCCUCUCCUCCCUCUACCAUCCAUUUGAGUCCACUGCUGCUACCGUGCUGUGCCAAGUCCUGGACGUGGUGGAGAAGACCUACCGUGGAGAUGGCCUCAGUUAUCUCAUAGAUUUUUUGAUUCCAGUCAAACGUAUCCUGCAGAGUUUGCAACAGGACGCUUGUUUACAGUAUUGCGGACUACUCUUCCGACAUGCUGGGUGGCCCCUUUGUAUCCAUGAUAAGAUUGUUCUACAGCUGGCGUCCAUUGACUGGAGACUUCUCCAGCCCGGAGAUUUCUACCUCCAAGUUGUGCCUUAUUUGAGAAAGACCCCAAGGAUUGUGCUAAAAUGUCUUGCAGAGGAUCAACAUAACAUUGAGGAAGUGGUGCUUCCAGAGGUGUCCUAUACAUCCAUCUUCACCGUGGAAUGGUUGGAAUUCAUCAACUCUGAGCGGAUCGGGGCCUCGCUGGAGAACUGUCUCCUGACCUGCGAUGACCAGCUCUACCGGGUGCCGUGGGAUAUGAUUGUUCAUCCCGAGUUUGUGGAGAUAAAACCAUCAACUGAGGAGUCAGCAGAAAUUUUUGACAAAUUUCCUUAUGAAAGUAAAGAGGGACCAACCCGCCAUCCCGUGGAAAAAUUGAUGGUUCAAGAUGAGGAAGCUGGUUUGGAAGCUCCGUCCACCAGCCAUGGUCAUACAACGGUUAGUACGUUGUAUGCCAAAUCAGAUUGCUCCAGUGAGAUUGAAGGAGAAUACGUGGAGCUACGUGAUAUUACAGUGCCACGUUUCGGCCCUCAGAAGGGCUCCUUAACUCAGUCUAUAGCCUUAAACUUCAAAAACCAGCACCAAAGAGCUAAGAGUAACCAGACUUUUAAUAUCUCAAGCAGCAAUAAGUGCACGGAGAGUCCUUUUCAUAGCUACUUGCAGCCAGAAACUAUUAUGGGAGCGAGUUCGACACAUUACGAUACAGACCAUGUACAGAAACCAGAGUCAAUCGGUCUGGUGGACAUUGAAUUCGGGGUCAGGGCGUCCUCAAUACCUGACUGCACACACCUACAUUUUGACAAUGGAGCUAAAAGUUUCCAGCAAGCUUUUAGUCUAGAAAACGAGGCCAUGUUGGAGGAUGCAAAGAACAAUGUUAUCAAAGAGUCUGAUAACAGCAGACAACUCCAUGAGCCGCCUGAUAAUUAUAGCACAUCAUUAUCGUUCCAGGGGGAAAGCAGAAGCCACUCUAGAGACUUCACCUGGAGCAAUGUGGAGAUUGCAGAAAAAAACAUGCACAAUGCACGUGGUCUUAGUAGUGAAGUCAUAGAACAACAUGAGCUGCCUGUAGCUCGGAAUGAGGCGCAGUUUGGGUAUUUUAAUGACCAAACUGUACUAGUGGUGUCUGAUGUAGGACAGGGUCUUGUCCCUGCUACUGAUGCCUGUGCUGAACAGCCAGUUCACAGCAUAGAACAAACCAAACUAGAAUUACUUUACUGUCAGGAAAGUCCCCCAAGAAGUCCACAGUAUACUAAGCAUGCACAAUCCCCAGCGACGCAGCUACCUCUAGAGACCCUGCAUGAGGAUACAGAGGAGGAGCAAGGUGCAACCACUGGCCCCCCAGAAGUCCCAGGAAGGGACAUUAUUCUUCAUAACGUAUUCGUGAAAGGACAGACCAAUGGUCAGGAGAGGCCCCCAGAAAUAUGCCUGGAGAGAGAUCCCUCGCCAUUAAGGCCUCAUGGCUUGAGCUCCCCAAGUGUCUGCAGGAAAAGUCAGAGCCGUCCCUGGCAGGUCAGGGAUGUUAAUGUGGAGGUUCUGACGAGCGGCGUCAUCUAUCUGCCUGGAACACGGGACAGGAGUGGACGCGCUCUGGUGAUAAUCAACACUCGUGACACCUGCUGGUUAAACCCGCACUGCAACGCCGCUGAACUGGGGCGCCUCUUGUUGUACUUCUACAGCGUUGUACGGAGAGACUGCAGAGCUUUGGGCCUGACUCUGCUGGUGGACACUCGGAGGUGCUCUCCAGUACCCGCCUUAUUUAAAGCCAUUCAUAUAGUCCAGAGCACUAUUCCUCAUUGUAUCCAUGGAGUAUUACUUCUGACAGAGAAAGAUCUUGUCCUGUCCGUGGAGAGACCACAAGGAGUGCAGUUUGAUGUUCUCACGUCAGUGAAGUCUUUGCACAAACACAUAGAGGCCUCGCAGCUCCCCCCUACGUUUAAUGGAACAUUCCCAUAUUGUCACCAGGACUGGCUAUCAUUCCGCACGAAGUUGGAGAACCUGCAAGACAGCUGCCGGGAUGCCUGCAUCUUCCUGCACAACGCCAUCCAGAACAUGCAGGUCAUCGCUCUGCCCAACACGGCUGAGGAGGCCAGUCUGCAGCUGACGCGUUUUGGCCAGUUGAUGACGGCUGUGCUGGAAGAUGCAAGACUAGUGACUCUGCAGACAGAAGGGGGCGCUGUUCUGGCCAGACUGAGGAAGGAGGAGUCGUGUGUAACUCUCACAGAUGAUUACAGGGAAACAGUGGACAUGGCGGCAGAGCUGUAUAACCGGGUGGAUGAAGGCGUGCACAGUCUGGUGCGGCUGUCUAACCGACGCAUACAGGAGAUGGAGUUAGUCAUUGGCUUUGAAGCAUUUGAAGAGCAGUUUCACGAGGUCAGCGGAUGGAUAGAGAAUGUCGGCGAGCGGGUACUUGAGGAGUGCAGUGUCCUAGAAGAUUCUUUGGAGGUUCUUCUUCAGACACAAGGACAUUUCCGUGAAUUUGAUGGUGUGGCAUGUGAGUACUGCAAACGUGGUCAGGAGCUGCUCCAGACGGUGGACCGGUGGCAGAACCUCCCCUCCCCUGACGUUCAGAAGUACAUGAUCAGGUUGCAGAAGUGUCAGGAGAAGGUGGGCGAAUUCUUCAGGAGACUUGAGGAGUGCAGAAGCAGGUUGGAGAAGACGGUCAGACUCUAUCAGUUCUUUGACAAGGCUUAUGAAUGGGCAUUGGAUGGGAUGCGACAUCUUGGUGCCAUCAGCUUGGAUGACUGUAACUCUCCCGAGCUCUGCGUUGGUGCCUUUGAGAGUCUUGAGAAGUACCAGUUGCAGCAUCCCAUGAUCGGAGAGAACAAGUUUGAGGAGAUGAGAGAGCUCGCCUAUGAACUGAAGAAUGAGAAGGGAAUCAAACACUGGAAGUUCGCUUGGUCAAAGUGUCAGGAGGCUAGGCAAGUUUUAGAGAAGAAACUUGAAGCUGCACUGAGGGCAAAAAGCUUAGUGUCGGGAGAACAAAACUCUGUCUGGUCUCCAGCCUCAAAACAUCUCGACCUAAAAGUACAUUCAGAUAGGAACAUUAAUGUGUCUUAUAUGCAAAAUAAGCCGCUUCACUCCCCUGUCUGCGGCAGGGAGAGGAGACUUGGGAGAGUUCUGUCUCACCGACCUGAAGUGGAUCAGACAGUCUUCAGAGCUAGCCCCCCUGGUUCCAGUGCCAGUUCCAUUGCAUCAUCAUCGGCGUACAGAAUGCGUAAACUGUCUCUUCAAAGUUCUCCCAGCGAGGACCUUCACCUAGAACUGGUUCACCAGGUGCCUUCCGGGGGCUCGACCCCUACCCCAUCCCGUCCCAUGGGAAGAAGGUUGCUAAGAAAGGCUCAGAGUUUUGACCUUCCUGGGACUGAUGUUAGCAGCCAUUGUAGUCAGCGGAGGCUCAGCGAGCCAGCUAGGAGAGGGAACACUGGUGUGUUCAUCAAAGGACUGGAAGUGAGCAGCACAGAGCUAGCAGAGCGUUCCUGCAGUCCCAGACUACCGCUCUCUUUGGACUGGUCAGCAGAACGAAUGCCGAGUGAUAGGAGGAGUAGUGUCUCCUCAGCAGAUGGACGGUGCCGCAGCAGUAAACUCCGGCAUAUCAUCGAUGAAAUGGUCACCACAGAGAGAGAAUAUGUCCGAUCCCUGUGGUAUAUCAGUGAGAACUACUUUCCGGAGAUGGAUCGUAUCGACCUUCCCCAGGACCUUCGGGGGAAGAGAGGUAUUAUCUUUGGAAACCUGGAGAAGCUGAGAGAUUUCCACAGCCAGUAUUUCCUGAAGGAGCUGGAGAGCUGCUGCAAUCAUCCUCUAAGAGUUAGCCACUGCUUUCUCCGGCAUAAAGACCAGUUUGGGAUGUAUGCCCUGUACAGCAAGAAUAAGCCCAGGUCAGACUUGUUACUUGCCAGCCAUGGGAACAUAUUUUUUAAGAACAAGCAGCGUCAGCUGGGAGACAAGAUGGAUCUGGCUUCAUACCUGCUGAAGCCUAUUCAGAGGAUGAGCAAGUAUGCGCUUCUCCUGAAAGACCUGAUUAAAGAGUGCGGGGAGGCGCAGGAGCAAGAGCUGGCAUACCUGAGGGCAGCCGAGGAAAUGGUGAAGUUUCAGCUGCGUCAUGGCAAUGAUCUUCUGGCGAUGGAUGCCAUACGGGACUGUGAUGUGAACUUGAAGGAGCAAGGGCAGCUGGUGAGACAGGACGAGUUCACGGUGUGGCUGGGCCGGAAAAAGUGUCAGAGACAUGUCUUCCUGUUCGAGGAUCUCAUCUUAUUCAGCAAACCUAAGAGGAUUGAGGGAGGGUUAGAUGUCUACAUCUACAAGCGCUCAUUUAAGACAGCAGACAUUGGUUUGACUGAAAACUCUGGAGACAGUGGUCAGCGCUUUGAAAUAUGGUUCAGGAGGCGGAAAUCCAAUGACACUCACAUUCUUCAAGCAAGCAGCGCUGAAAUCAAGCAAGCAUGGACAACUGACAUUGCCAAAAUCCUGUGGCAGCAAGCGACCAGGAAUAAAGAGGUCCGCAUGCAGGAAAUGGUUUCUAUGGGUGUCGGUAAUAAGCCAUUUUUGGACAUCAAGCCGAGUGAUGCAGCAAUAAACAACCGUGCUAUCGAUUACAUCAUGAAAGGGCGAGGGGCAAGGACCAGAGCCUCCAUUGCCGUGUCCUUAUUUGACCAUUUAGAUCCUUACAAGAGGACGCAGGCGCCCAUCACGUGUAACUCUGUACCUUCUGCCUGUGGCCCUUCUUCUGCAUCAUUACUGGGACCCCUUAACCUGCACAUGUAUGUCAACCAAACAUUUCUGCCCGGAGUGCUGUCCCCCACUAGAUCAUUUGAGACCAGUGGCUGCUUAGAGGAAGAUGAGCUGGAGAACGAGACGAGCUGCAGCCAGCCUUCCAUGACCACAGAGAGCUCAGAGUCUUCUCACUGUAUGUCUGGGGCUGGAUCCAGCGGCUCGGACAGCGGUUGUGUCUCCAGUAUUCCACAGGACAAUCUGUCUGAAGAUGCCGGGUCUCCGUGUGACGCCUCCGCACAGUACACCUUUCCAGAAAGAAGGAACAGCUCUGGUGUCACCUCCCCGGUGGUGGAAAAAUCCAGAUUCAUCAACCGCCAAUAUAUCUCUGCAAAUCCAAGCCACAUUUCCCUAAGUCCUUCCACCAUUGUCUGAAUGUCUUCUUAACAUCCAGUGUGAACAAUUCUUCAGCUAUUGGACUUGAUGAAGCUGCGUCCUCCCGGAUCAUCAGCCCUCCUAACAGACGACUUAGUGACCUGCUCACGUGUAAUAUUUCUCGCUCCUUGUAUAUAGUCUAUUAUCAGCUGUCGGUUUGUUGCUUCCUAUAUGGGACAGACCUAUUAAGCUGCGCAGUUUGUACAAUUUAUAAAAAGAAUCUUUUGCAAAAUAGAUCCUGUAUUUAAUAACGAACCCUUCCUGAUGAUGAACUGGAAUCUGAUGUGCAUCAUAUGUUAUUAUAGUUUUCCAAAACUAGAAGUAAUUUAUUUACUGGAGGUAACGCUCA